GUACAUAGAUGCGUAAAUACUAAAAAGACUGAUUUUGGUUUUGCUGUAAUCUCUUAAGAAAAAUGAAGAAGAUGAGUUGGUUUCCAAUAAUACUCUGUUUUGUCCUCGUAAGCUUUGGUGGUUCAUCAGUUUCAGCACAAACAUGUAUGAACAAUGGGAAUUUCAGAUCCAACGGCACGUACGAUGCAAAUCGCCGACUCAUCCUCUCCUCUCUUCCUUUCAACGUCACAGAUCAAGACGGCUUCUUCUACAACGGUUUGAUCGGACAGGAACCGAACCGUGUCUACGCAAGAGGGAUGUGCAUCCCAGGAUCAACUUUGGAGGACUGUUCUGAUUGUAUCAAGACCGCAUCUGAUGGGUUGAUGGAGAGUUGUCCUAACCAAACAGAAGCAUAUUGGUGGCGAGGUGAGCCCACGCUUUGCCUUGUCCAUUACUCCAACACAUCUAUCUCCAGUUCUGCAAAUCUGGAUCCGCGUGCAGCUCUCACCAACACUGGAGAUCUAACCUCAAAUCUAACAGAGUUCACGAAAAUAUGGGAAGACUUGGCUGUUCGUAUGAUUGUUAUAGCCUCCACAACAAAAAGCACGCCGUCCUCUAGUGAUAACUAUUAUACAGCAAAUAGUGCAGCCUUAGAACCUUUCCAGGAUAUAUAUGCAUUGAUGCAGUGCACACCGGAUCUUUCAUCUGGUGAUUGUGAAUAUUGUCUGCGACAGAGUGCAAGCGACUACCAGUCAUGCUGUGGUCAGAAGCGAGGAGGCGUUGUCAUGGGGCGAAGCUGCUUUUUCCGUUGGGAUUUGUAUACAUACUCUAAGGCUUCUUUUGAAAACAUUACGGUGGUUUCUUCUCCUCCUCCUGUGAAUGUGCCACAAGCUGCAGGCGAUGGAGAUGAAAACACGACCGUCAAUGAAAAAAGUAGCAAAGGAAUUUCAGCUGGAAUUGUUGCGGCCAUUACCGUUCCGAUUCUUGUUACCAUCUUAAUAGUGCUUGUUCUAGGUCUCGUUCUAUGCCGGAGGAGAAAAUCAUACCGAAGAACUGAGAUUGAAACUGAUAGUGCAAUUUCAACUGAGAAUUCAUCUCAAUACGAUUUUAAGACAAUCCAAGCUGCAACAAAUAAGUUUUCAAGCACUAAUAAGCUCGGGGAAGGUGGAUUCGGUGAGGUUUACAAGGGUAAGUUACCAAAUGGGACUGAAGUAGCUGUGAAGCGACUGUCGAAAAAUUCAGGGCAGGGCACAAGAGAGUUCAGGAACGAGGCUGUUCUUGUGUCAAAACUUCAACAUAGGAACCUGGUUAGGCUUCUUGGAUUCUGUAUGGAAGGAGAAGAAAAGAUUCUCAUAUAUGAGUUUGUUCCCAACAAAAGCCUUGACUACUUCUUAUUCGACCUUGAAAAGCAAAGUCAGCUAGACUGGACUCGGCGUUACAAGAUCAUUGGAGGGAUUGCUCGAGGGAUUUUAUAUCUUCAUCAAGAUUCACAGCUGACAAUCAUUCAUCGUGACCUCAAAGCCAGCAACAUUCUCUUAGAUGUCAACAUGAACCCAAAAAUUUCAGAUUUCGGAUUGUCAACCAUCUUUGGAAUAGAGCAAACUCAAGGCAAUACCCACAGAGUUGCUGGAACCUAUGCUUACAUGUCUCCUGAGUACGCAAUGCAUGGUCAAUACUCUAUGAAAUCUGACAUUUACAGCUUCGGAGUAUUAGUUCUUGAGAUUAUAAGCGGCAAGAAAAAUAGUGGCGUUUACAAGAUGGAUGAAACUAGUACUUGUGGAAACUUGGUCACUUAUGCUUGGAGGCUUUGGAGGAAGGGGUCACCAUUAGAGCUGGUGAAUCCUGCAAUUGGAAGAAACUAUCAGCGUAAUGAAGUCACUAGAUGCAUCCAUAUUGCACUCUUAUGUGUUCAAGAUAAUCCAGAUGACCGUCCAAUGUUAUCAACUAUCAUCUUAAUGCUCACUAGCAACACAAUUACUUUACCAGUGCCUCAAUUACCGGGUUUUUUCACAAGAAGCAUGCACAGACUAGAUCCAUUAUCAGAGGAAUUAGUAGUGUCGAGUCAGUCAACUAACAAAACUUUUCCUCAUUAGUUCGUAAGAGAUCAUAUAUAUUUUCUCAUCAUAUCUGUAAAGUUGAACACAAAAGGCCAUAUUUGAUUAAAUUUCUCCACGCACAUAAGACACAGAUAAGUAUCUCUUUAAUUGUGUUGUAAGUUCUA